AUGUCAGAGGCUGUCAAAUUUAUCCAACACAUUAAGAACACAGUCGCUGGGGCGAAGGACAGCAAGGUGAUAGUCACGGGUGGUUCCUAUGGCGGAUUUCUCACAACAGUCCUCAAAAUGAAUCAUCCGGAUGUUUUUUUCGGAGCGAUUCCUUUCGCCGCGCCGCUUCGCUCGAUUGGAUCAAAUAACCAAAACCCUCAACGAUACGAAUGGUUCAAAUGGGCGAACCAGACUUACAGGGACUUGUCUGCUUCGGCAGCCAACAAAAUGAAGCACGCUUUGAAGUACUCAACAAGCGAUUUCAAACCGAGCAUCGCAAAAGACUUCAAUCUGUGCUCCGUCCCCGAAACCGUCAUAGACCUCCAAACGAUAAUGGCAUUGAUCAAUACUGCAGCAUACCUCAUCCCACAGGGGAGCUACAACAACCCGAUCGCAAACCCAACGGGAGCCAGCGCACAGAAGCUAGUGAACACCACGCUCCACCUGACCGAUCCCACACAAAUCAUUAACGCGACCCUGAUGACAUAUUACCCGCCGUCCUCCUAUCCCUGCAUCGAAUGGAACUCGACACAGUCCGACAACCCUACCCCUGCCAACGAGAUCCCCGCCGGGACCGUCUUCGUUCCCACGUCCAUCCAGACCGAGACUGACCCGUACACCCGCGAGACGCUGUACGACAUCGUGGCCCCGACCCAAGAGUAUGUGGAAACCAAGUACCACAUCACGCCCGACGAGUUAGUCCAGGCGAAGCGCAUCCUGUUUGCUUACAACGAAAUGGAUCCUACAACUGCGGUAGGAAUUGAUCCUUUGCCCAUCACCCAGGAUCGGAACGCGUCUAGAUACAUGUUCACCUCGUUGUCGGCACACGGGGAGGGGGUGAUUGCGAGUUAUCCGGGCGAUAAGCCGUCAGUUGUCCAUGCAAGACAAGUGCAGCUGCAGACGAUCUAG